CACCAGAUGAGAGAUGACAUCUGGGGAUGCUAGCUUUACUUUUCAAGUGAAAUAAACGCAUGCCUGUAAUUUUGUGAGACAAAAUGUCGAUAACAACCUGCCAGAAGGUUACCCUUAUAUCAUGCUCUGUUCUCUGUGUUUCUCUCUUCCUGCCCAGAAUGCUUUUACCCCGAAGGACAAAGGAGAUGGGUCGGCCCGAGGUUGGACCUGGGUUCUACCCUCCUGUGAUGCACCAUCUGUCAUCAGCAGAGGACCCGAAACGGUGGGGUGUGGACCCUUCGUACUCCAUGACACACAGUGCUGAGGCCAUGGCCAAAAUGAAUGUCAUCGGACGAGGCAAAAAAUACAAUCUGAUGGCUCAAGUCAUACCCAUAUAUGGCUUUGGGAUUCUUCUUUACAUAUUCUACAUAAUCUAUAAGCUGACAUGUAAGGGGAAGGCUACUGAAUCAGAAAACCACACGACAGCUAUCAAAGCAAACAUGGAGAACAACAUUAUACCAGAUUAUGAGCUGGUUAGGCUUCAGGAGAAGCUUCUGCAAACAGAAAAGAAGAUGGAGAGAAUUGUCUCUGGAAAGCGUCGAGGUUCUGGGAGUGGCAGAAGGAGGAAGAGUAAAACUUCUACUUCAAAGAAGGAGGAGAAAUUACUCAAACAACUCAGACAGAUAACACUGCUGAUCCAAGAGAGCCGGCUGGAGGCAGACUCCCCAGAGAUGGAGGCUGAGGAGGUCCCUUACUGUGUCGACUGGGAAGGCUACCCAGAGGAGACUUACCCAGAGUAUGAUGAGCCCUAUAAAAGACGAGGAUUUUCCCUCUUUACACUGGAGGAACCUCCCCACCAGCUCACCGCCGAGGCCAUGGCCGAGAGGAUGGAGCAAGAGGAGGAAGAUAUUAUGGCAAGGAAACUAUCUAUCGUGGAAGAAGUAGAUGAAGAGGUAGAGGAAGAGAUGGAGGAAGAGGUGGAUGAAGAUGAAGAUAAGGAGGAAGAAGUAGAGGACGUAGAGAUGGAGGAGGAGGAGGAGGAGGAGGAGGAGGAAGAGGAAGCAGAGAAAAUGCAGUUGCUCUGUGUUCCUUUAUCCCAGCCUACUGCAGAAAGAAAGAAGGAAAGAUUAGGUUUGGAGGUAAGCAAGGAGUUACAGUGUCUUAAUGGAGAGAAGAAGCAAAUUAGUUUCAGUGACCACAACGCUGUGUUCUGCUACCCAAAAGAAGGUACUUAUGAAGAGGAGGAGGAGGAGGAGGAGGAGAGGGAAGAUGAGGUGGAGGAUGAUGAUGAGAGUACAGAGGUGGAUGAGGAGGAAGCGGAUGAAGAAGAUCCAGUGAUGGAGGCAGAGAGCCUGCAGUUCAGCUGCGAGGAUUGUCCCAACCCGGAAGAGGAAGCAGAGGAGGACAACGAAGAGUGUUUGUUUCUGUCGGUGCCUGUGGACGAUGGCCAUGCAGAUACCCCCAAAGAAGUGGGGUCGAGUGGGCUGAGGAUGCGGAACAGAAGGGAGACAUAAAGGACCUUUCUAAAUACUUAUUUACCUAGUAACAGUGGACUAGAUGUUCCUCAAAUUGUACUUUUUCUCAUCCCUGAUCCCUUACGUGUGUAAAACACAGAGCAAGAGCUAAAUAGAGAGGUGCAAUGUCUGAACGGGUAGUUUUCUACAAGUUGUAGUCUCUCUUCACACCAACAACCGUUACAGCUUCUGAUGUUUGUUCCUUUAAGGCCCUGCAUACCCGUGUUCCCACAGCUAAUGUGUUUUCAGUUGGUGGCAUGAUUCAACUUUGUUCAGUGUAAACAACCAUCAUUCUCAUUGGCAGAGUUACUUUUUUAAUCAGACAAUUGUGACAUAUGUGUUUUACAGAAGCCAUGGGUGAUCAUAUCAGCAACUGAGAAUGAAGGAUUUGCUGAAUAAAAAAAGGUGAAGUAGUAUAUAUUUUGACUAUUCUGUCGUGCAUCAUCUGGUGGUCCAAUAUGGUUGUACUCUUGGGCAUGCUCUGUGUUGCAGUAAUGCAGCAUAACAACAUAGAAUAAAAAGGGACCUUUAUAAAUAACAUCCACGGGAGCAUCACAAAUCACCCCAAUGGAAAUCACCAUACCAAAGAGAACCAUCUAGUGUGCACACAAACAGAGGAUGGGCAGGUAGAGGCCGUUUUUUAAAUUGUUAGACAUAAAUAGUGCAACAUUUGAAAAGUGUCACACUGCUAUCAAUGCAGCAUAACUAAAGUUUUUACUGCCAACAUUAAGUCAUUAGUUCUCUUCACAUUGCUGCCUUGAGUGAUUGAUGUGGUAAACCUUAUUAGAAAUUCAUCCUUUUUGCUUGCUCCAGCACAAGAACAGGGAUUAACUGCAGUGGUCAUGCAAUGCAGUCCAUCAUGUAAGGCAAUAGUGCUUCCUUAUUCCUGGAAAAAAAUGAAAUAUUUCCCCUGCUGUGUCAGACAAAGCAAUGACAUUAUAACAGAUCAGUUGCGAAAGGUUACAAGAUGAUGCUGAAGGACAGACAUUGUUUUCCACCGCCUCGCUGUGCACACAGCUAACAUGUGUCUUUGACCAAUGUACCAUUCUCCAUAUCGCUAUUUUGAAAUGUCCUACACAGGUGUGAUUUCUAAUAACAAUAGCUGCAAUCUAUUAAGGUGUCCAGAGCCCUGCUAUUGUACUCGUCUCACCAGCUUGAUUUGCUAGCUUACCUAGACGAUCAAAACUCAAAUUGCUUUAAUAGUUACACCUACGCUUCUUCUACUGUGACUUGUCAAAAUGUCAGCUAUAUAAAAGGGCCACUGUAAUUAUUUUUUGUAAGGAACAUUGCCAUUCUGAAAGGAUUUUUGAAUAACAUCCAAUUGUUCAUGUCAAAAAACCAUGACAUUGAUUUUCAGAGACAUUUUUUAGAUUUCAUACGUUUCACCCAAGAAGAUUGUAGAAAAUCAAGGAGAGACAUACAGAGUGAGUGAGACUAAAACUCAAUCUCAGACUCACAGAGCUAUUGAUGAAGAAAUGUAACGGUAAGAUCUAGCAGCACUCAGCAGAAGAUAAUGUGAGCAAAUGAAAAGAAAGAGAAAGCCACAGAAAAUAAUGUGAAGUGCAGCUUAAUCCAGUCAAAAUGUAAUUGAACAUUACUGUAAUAUCGGAACUGUGGCAAUGAAAUAAUUGAUCCUAAAGGACUAGCUAGUAGGUAAGGUUGUUUACGUUAUUGUAAUGAUGCCAGACACUGCUGCUGCAUUGUAUAGUUUUCUAUUUCUAUCAUGUUAUGUAUAACUCCACCACAUGUAAACAUUCAACUGCAUUUACAUAUGUUCUGCAAUACUAAAAAUAAUACAUCAUUUGGCCCCGUUAGGAACCAAAAGUAUAUUGUGUAGACGAACAAGGUGAGCAGCUUUCACAUCCCGAGACGUGACUUUAUUGGUGGCAAGAGAUGGUUUGAAAGAGGAGCAAAGGUCUAAAACUGCAUCAAAUUAAGGAACAUGGUUUGACUCACUGAAGUUUUAUUUGUUUCCAUGAUCAAAGGACUGUGUCUAUGCCACCACAGUAAACUGUACACCAUUUAUUGUACAUUACAACGAGAGCACUUAAAACAGAAAGUGAAAGAACCUUUGGUUCCUGGAUGUAUGAAAAGCAUACUUAUACAGAAAAAUGAUCAACAAUUUGAAAAUAGAAAUUUAAAAUAGUUAAAACACAGUUGAGUACAAGAAUAGCACAUUUGAUAAAGAUUCCCUCAUAACCCACAGUGACAAUAGCGGUAUCAGAGAUUG